AUGGUCGUCGCCAACAGCAACCCCCGCGCCAACAUGUCACGGAGGGCCUCGAGACCGCAAAUCCGUCUUAUUGAAAUCCAGCCGGCACCGCGGCUGGAAGACAGGGUUGUGUGCCGGAUCAUCAACACAAAGCUGACAGAUGACUUGGAGUUCUUCGCCUUGUCCUACCUGGUGGGCGAAGCGACCAGCACGGAGACGAUUUCUAUCAAUGACACCAAGACAUCGGUCCCAAGCAGUCUCUCCGAGGCCGUGAGACACAUUCGGGAGGCACUCAAGUCCGAUAUAGCUAGGAGCGAACCCACUCCGCGAUGGCUUCUUCGAGCUGUGAAGCACAUGCGUGUCGUUUUCCCGGAUCUCAUGAGUUGCGGGGCAAUUCGGCUCUGGGCCGAGACACUCUGCAUUGACCAGAACAAUCCUCGGGAGCUGGCUGAGAGGAGAGUUAUCAUGAGCCAGGUUUAUGCGUCUGCCAAGAUGGUCAUCGGUUGGCUGGGUCCAAGCGACGAAUAUACGGACGACUUUCUUGCGUUUCUCAAGGUCGCUGAAGAGUACAUGCCACCGAAUUACGGAGACCCAGGCGACAAGGAGAAGAACCCGCAGGAUUACGCUCCCCACCAUGUCUGGUUGUCAAACAAGAUUCUCGAGGGGUUUUGGCGAAGCCCACGGCACAUGGAGGCGCUCCAUCGAUUCUACGACUUGCCAUAUUUGCACCGUUGCUGGCUUCUCGAAGAAAUCUCUCAAUCAAGAUUCCCAACAUUCAUGCUGGGCACGGCGAUGAUACCGUGGAUGACAAUUUUACGGAUGACGAAAUGCCGCGAGGAACUUGUCGACCAGCCCAGCGAUGUCUUUCCUGACAAGUAUCGCACAAGCCUGAAACUACCUCCGCUAGAAGCAUUGCAGACCUUUCUAGCCGAUUUACAGAAGAGGCACUUGACAGCCGCGCCGUUCAAUACAAAGCAGUCAACCUCGUCCAAGGGAUCAGCGUGA